UCGGUUCCUGGGCACUGACCUACACCACUCCUCUGUCAGUGGCCAUGCUGUGGCAGUGGCUCACAUACAAAAAAAAGAGGAAGAUUGGCAACAGAUGUUAGCUCAGGUGAAUGUUCCUCAGCAAAACAAUAUCAGAAAUUUGCCUGGUCUUUCCUAGAGGUCAUUCCAAGGGCCUUCAGGCCCUUUCUCCAAUUUAGAUCCCCUUUGUGCAAAGUAUAAGAAAGAGAAAUCUUUACCAUCCCUGGUCUGCCUUCCUUCAUUAUCCUAGACCUUUAGAAAGUUCUUCUUAUGGUCUAAUCUUUAUUCCUCUUGCUACCAUGUCAAUCAAGUACAGUUACCCUUCCCUCCCUCCUUCACACACCCCCUCAUCUUCUCUAGCUUUCUUUCCUCUUAUUCCUACUCCCUUUCUUCCCUUAUUUAGAGCCCUCGACCCUCUUCCCUUAUUUAGAAUCCAAGAUUAUGGAAGAGCAAGAGCUGUCAGAUUAUUUAUUCACCUCCCUCACUUUACAGAUGUGGAAACUAAGGCCUAGAGAGAACGUCUGACUUGCCCCACAGCAAACAAUGAUGGCUUUGUCAAUGGUCCUUGUUUUCCUGCUGGCCCUGAGUGGAGGGGAGAGUGAGUUGGACCCCAAGCUCUCAUCCCCAGGGGAGGCCACAGAAUGGGGAGAUCCUGAUCUGCCCCUGCCAGAGUCCUGCCAGCCAGCCCCCUCCUGCCAGAAGUGCAUCCUCUCACACCCAACCUGUGCAUGGUGCAAGCAACUGAACUUCACCGCGGGGGGGGAGGCGGAGGCGCGGCGAUGCGCCCGGCGGGAGGAGCUGCUGGCUCGGGGCUGCCCACCGUGGGAGCUGGAGGAGCCCCGCGGCUGGCAGGAGGUGCUGCAGGACGAGCCGCUCAGCCAGGGCGCCCGCGGCGACGGGGCAACCCAGCUGGCGCCGCAGCGGGUCCGAGUCACGCUGCGGCCCGGGGAGCCCCAGCAGCUCCGGGUCCGCUUCCUCCGGGCCGAGGGAUACCCUGUGGACCUGUACUACCUUAUGGACCUGAGCUACUCCAUGAAGGACGACCUGGAGCGCGUGCGCCAGCUCGGGCACGCCCUGCUGGUGCGGCUGCAGGAGGUCACCCGUUCUGUGCGCAUCGGCUUUGGCUCCUUCGUGGACAAAACGGUGCUGCCCUUUGUGAGCACAGUGCCCUCCAAGCUUCGUCACCCCUGCCCCAGUCGGCUGGAGCGCUGCCAGCCGCCCUUCAGCUUUCACCACGUGCUGCCCCUGACGGGGGACGCUGAGGCCUUUGAGCGGGAGGUGGGGCGCCAGAGCGUGUCCGGCAACCUGGACUCGCCGGAAGGUGGCUUCGACGCCAUUCUGCAGGCUGCACUCUGCCAGGAGCAGAUUGGCUGGAGAAAUGUGUCCCGGCUGCUGGUGUUCACUUCCGAUGACACAUUCCACACAGCUGGAGAUGGGAAGUUGGGUGGCAUUUUCAUGCCCAGCGAUGGGCACUGCCACUUGGACAGCAAUGGCCUCUACAGUCGCAGCCCUGAGUUCGACUACCCCUCGGUGGGUCAGGUGGCUCAGGCCCUCUCUGCAGCAAACAUCCAGCCCAUCUUUGCUGUCACCAGCACCACACUGCCUGUCUACCAGGAGCUGAGUAAGCUGAUUCCUAAGUCCGCAGUGGGAGAGUUGAGCGAGGACUCCAGCAACGUGGUGCAGCUUAUCAUGGAGGCAUAUAAUAGCCUGUCAUCCACUGUGACCCUCGAACACUCUCCACUCCCUCCUGGGGUCCACAUCUCUUAUGAAUCUCAGUGUGGGGGUUCUGAGAAGAGGGAGGGUGAGGCUGGAGACCGGGGCCAAUGCAACAACGUCCGAAUCAACCAGACGGUGAAUUUUUUGGUUACUCUCCAAGCUACGCACUGCCUCCCAGAGCCCCAUCUUCUGAGGUUCCGGGCCCUUGGCUUCUCAGAGGAGCUGAUUGUGGAGCUGCACACGCUGUGUGAUUGUAACUGCAAUGACACACAGCUCCACGCUCCCCACUGCAGCGACGGCCAGGGGCAGCUACAAUGCGGGGUGUGCAGCUGUGCCCCUGGCCGCCUGGGUCGGCUCUGUGAGUGCUCUGAGGCUGAGCUGUCCUCCCCAGACCUGGAAUCUGGGUGCCGGGCCCCCAAUGGGACAGGGCCUCUGUGCAGUGGGAAGGGCCGGUGCCAGUGUGGACGCUGCAGCUGCAGUGGACGGAGCUCCGGGCGCCUGUGCGAGUGUGAUGACGCCAGCUGUGAGCGUCAUGAGGGCAUCCUCUGUGGAGGCUUUGGCCGCUGCCAAUGUGGAGUGUGUCACUGUCACGCCAACCGCACAGGCAGAGCGUGUGAAUGCAGUGGGGACACGGACAGCUGUGUCAGUCCCGAGGGAGGGCUCUGCAGUGGGCAUGGACACUGCAAAUGCAACCGCUGCCAGUGCUUGGACGGCUACUAUGGUGCCCUAUGUGACCAGUGCCCAGGCUGCAAGACACCAUGCGAGAGACACAGGGACUGUGCAGAGUGUGGGGCCUUUGGGACUGGUCUCCUGGCCACCAAUUGCAGCGUGGCUUGUGCCCAUGCCAACGUGACUCUGGCUUUGGCCCCUGUCCUGGAUGAUGGCUGGUGCAAAGAGAGGACCCUGGACAACCAGCUGUUCUUCUUCCUCGUGGAGGAUGAAGUCGGAGGUGGGGUCGUGCUGCGAGUAAGACCCCGAGAGAAGGGAGCAGACCACACCCAGGCCAUUGUGCUGGGCUGCGUAGGGGGCAUCGUGGCGGUAGGACUGGCGCUGGUCCUGGCUUAUCGGCUCUCGGUGGAAAUCUAUGACCGCCGAGAAUACCGUCGCUUCGAGAAGGAGCGCCAGCAACUCAACUGGAAGCAGGACAACAAUCCUCUCUACAAAAGCGCCGUCACAACCACCGUCAACCCCCGCUUCCAGGCAGACAGUCCCGCUCUCUGAAGCGGAAAGGACGCUCACCCGGGCUCCGCUCGCGGGGGGAUGGGGGCGGUCGAUCGGGUAGCGGUCUGGCAGGGGACUGCUCGGUGCUGAGGAGCGGUCACCUCACUUCAUUCUCGGAGCGACGCCACAGAGGGCUGCCUCGUGCUGCAUCUCUGCGUCCCUACCUCGCGGGAGCGGGGGGGUUACCCCGCCCACGUACACAAUAAAGUCUUACCUCGGA